AUGCCUCUGCGAAGCUGGAGGAGGAGGAGGCAUACAGUGAGAGAAGGAAGGAAAGGAGAAGAGAGCAACACAGGAGGGAAUCAUCUGGGGAGAACAGGGGCUGGCAUUGGUGGCACCAAAAGUGGUCGUUUCUUGAUGCGCAGAUUACUCAGAAAGCAGCUCAUGGUUUCUUUUGCUCAGAAUUCCUAGGAGCUGAUGGAGAGCAGAGCAACCCCAGCAGCCCCUACAAGCAGCCACUCGGCCCAAGGGAGGGGACAAUGGGACCACUGCCUCCAGCAUCACUUGGGAAAGUAUUAGCUACCUGGUUUUGGCAGGAGGACUGCUACCGAAACCAAAAGCACAAGAACAGUACCAAAAGUGCUGAGUAACUUUCCUUACUCUGCCUCCUGAAUUGGGAGUCUGUCUGGAGUAGGAAAGGGUCAGAGGGAGCCAGUGCUGACAGCUGAGAGCUUAUCGGCGCAAGCGGAACAGCGGGUCCACGCAGCCCUGUGCCAACUGUGUGUGGACCAUCCUUCACCUGCCCCAGAUGGAACUCUCACCUGCCACCACCUACAAUCCUCAUGGGGUUGGAAACAGAAUCGUGUUAUUGGCAACCUAAUGCUUCUGCGGACAUCGACCUGGCACAUGAAGAAGAUGGUCACUCAUCUGGCAUCAAACACAGACAUGUGGUUCUAACCAAACCUUAGUAGAAAGGGGGCUACGCAACCCCCCGCCCGAGUCCUGGACCGAGUCCUCCAGCCCCUGCCUCCGAAGGCUGUGCUGCGGGGAAGUUACUAUGCAGCUUGGACCGUUGUGUGUAGUGGUGGUUUUUCUCAGCUUGGUGGAUCUGGCAGACAACAGUCAGGGCACCAGGAGCAGGAGCAGCAGCAGCAAGGCACCAAAGGGCAAGAGGCAGAGGCGAAUCAGCACUGAGAUGAGCCAGGGCUGUGCCAAGGGGUGCGAUUUGUGCUCCGAGUUCAACGGGUGCCUCAAGUGCUCCCCCAAACUCUUCAUCCUCCUGGAGCGGAACGACAUACGCCAGACCGGCAUCUGCCUCCCCUCCUGUCCGCUGGGCUAUUUCGAUGUGCGCAAUCCAGACAUGAACAAGUGCAUGAAAUGCAAAAUCGAGAACUGUGAGGACUGUUUCAGCCGAAACUUUUGCACCAAGUGCAAAGAAGGCUUAUACUUGCACAAAGGAAGGUGCUACAUGGCCUGUCCUGAGGGCUUCUCGGCUGCCAACAGCACGAUGGAAUGCAGCAGCCCUGCACAAUGUGAAAUGAGCGAGUGGGGCCCCUGGGGCCCUUGCUCAAAGAAGCAGAGGUUGUGUGGGUUCCGGAAAGGCAAUGAAGAGCGUUCCAGGAAGGUCCUCCAGGCAUCCUCCGGGGACAUGUCCGUCUGUCCUGCUGUCAGAGAGCGCCGGAGAUGCACCGUGCAGAGAAACCAAUGUCCAGAAGGGCGGAAGAAGAAGAAGGAGCAAGAAAACGCGAAUGAGGACAGGAGUCGGAAAGAUGGCAAGGAAAGCAGGACUGGUGCCAAGAGGAGGAAAGGGCAGCCCAGGGGCACACCAACACCUGCUGGCCCUGCUCAGUAGCUGCCCUUCCACCUCUGCAGGAUGGCAAACCUCCAUUGCUGCUAUGGACACAUUGCUUCUGUCGAACCAGAAGGCUGCACCACAAAGACUGGACAGAGGUGGCCAGACAGCCAAGCCAGAACUCUUUGGCGCAUGCAUGGGCUGGACGGAGGGGAAAUGCAGGCCCUCCGCACCCAACACGGGAGACUGGCAGCAUGCAGAUUCCUCCGGAGGAGGAGGGCAAUGGAUCCUCCCAGGCAUCCUCUCCAAGUACCAAAACCUGAGAGAGCCAGUGAGCAGAUAUCUCCAGCUGAAGAGCUGCCCACGAAAAUAGGGCAGGAAGCAGUUUCCGGCUCAAAGGCGGAGGCUGGAAUGGGUUUGCUCAAGAUCUGGAGAAGCACCAAGGCUUCCUUCCUUCCUCCCUCCCCUCCCUUCUGUGAUUCAAGCUGUACCACUGAGAACAUAUGUGUCCCAUGUUGGUGAUCCAUGUUCAGGAGCAUCUGCUCCAAAACUGCUUCCAAAUGUCAAAUUAAAAGAAACCAA